CAAAAAAUGUGUUAGGCUGUUUGUGGUCUGUCAGUGUCUUUGUGACUCUCGUACCCAUAACAUCACUUUAACACUGUGACAUUUGAUAGGAUCAGAUCAACCAUCUAAAGGCUUGUUAUGGCGUGGAUGACCCCCUUUCUUAUCUUCUGUCUUCAGAUACUCUACCCACCAUGUCAGGCAAACGAACAAGCCUCUCUAAGGUUUGUUGGUAUUGGAGACUGGGGUGGACUUCCUUUAUACCCCUACUACACACCACAUGAGUUUCACACAGCCAAUGAACUGGGCAUAAUUGCUGAGAGCUCAGGACUGGACUUUGUCCUCAGCUUAGGAGAUCAUUUCUACUUCAGCGGUGUCAGGGAUGUAGAUGACACCCGCUUCAAGUCCACCUAUGAGAGCAUAUUCUCCCACCCUGCCCUGAUCGCUGUGCCAUGGUACCUGGUGGCGGGAAAUCACGAUCACCGUGGAAACGUGUCAGCCCAGAUCGCCUACUCAAACAGAUCUGAAAGAUGGAACUACCUCGACCUCUACUAUGAACUGAAGUUCAAGGUUCCACACAGUAAUGUGUCCCUUACGGUUCUGAUGAUUGACACAGUGGUUUUGUGUGGGAACACCUAUGAUGGACUUGAUCCUGUUGGCCCGGAAGACAAUAUUGCUUCUAACCAACAGCUGAAGUGGAUUGAGGAGAAACUUCGAAACGUCAAGUCAGAAUUUGUCAUUGUGGCUGGGCACUAUCCAGUCUGGUCCAUCGGCUAUCACGGUCCCACCAAGUGUCUAGUAAAGAAACUAAGACCCCUACUGAAGAAGUACAAUGUCUCUUUAUAUCUAUGUGGUCAUGACCACAGUCUGCAGUUUAUCAGAGAAGACGAUGGAAGUUCGUACGUGGUCAGCGGGACUGGAGUUGUUGAGGAUAUUUUCACUGACCACAAGAACAGCUUCCCGUCGUCUUGGCAACUGUUUUCCAAUGUGGUCAAUAAGACGGCAGGAGCGUUUGUUUACUUUGAGGUCAAUACAAGUGAAAUGCUGAUAAGUUACAUCCAACCAGACGGGAAAUGUGUGUACCAGACAUCUGUCCCUAAACGCACAAUCCAACUCUAAAAUCAUCAUAACAUUCACAACAGUCUGCUCUUAAAGGGAUAGUUCACACAAAAAUGAAAACUCUGUCAUUAUUUACUCACCCUCAUGUUGUUCCAUACACGUAUGACUUUCUGAAACAUCUGAUGUAAAACAUCUUCUUUUGUGUUCCAUGGAAGAAAGUCAUACGGGUAUUAAAUGCUCAUUUUUGGGUGAGAUAUCUCUCUAAUAAACACAAGAGUCGCUUUGACAAUUGUUUUUUCUGCCAGUAAAUUCAUUCCUAAUUGUAUAAAGUGCAUUUUAGCUAUGCAUUUUAGUUUGGUUUGUUAUGUACGAAAAAAAAUAAAUCCAAUUUAAUCUAAAGAAAAAAA